AAGUCCGGAUUGCAGAAGUGUCAGUCGUAAGCACUGGUAUUUGAAAGUAAAACAGCUUGUUGUGAUGCUUCGUGAGGUUGAGGAAUUAAUUUCGGUUUCAAUUAGCAGACAUUUUUAAAAGCAUUUCUUGUGUUAUGAGUUGAAUCUCUGCAUAUGGAAUCUACGCAGUACGUCGACAACAUGAGCUAUGGCGGCUCUGUGUCUCAGGGACCAAGUGCAGAUUACUGCCACCUUAUGGCUGAACUUAAGGCUCAAAAUUUUGAUGUUAUGAAAUUUUCUUCUUACCGUACAGCUUGCAAACUCAGGUUCAUACAGAAGAGAAUUAGCUUACAUUUAGUAGACAUAUGGAAUGUGAUCGAAGCUUUCCGAGAGAAUGGUUUGAAUUCCUUAGAACCUCGAAUGGAAAUCAAUCUUCCUCGUUUAGAAACCCUUGUAUCCUCCAUUUAUUUUCAACUCAAUAAGCGCCUUCCAUCAACACAACAGAUUGAUUUAGACCAAUGUACUUCCUUAUUGCUCAACUGGCUGACGUCUGCUUAUGAUCCGGAAGAAACUGGUAAAGUUAGAGUCUUUUCUAUAAAAAUUGCCUUAGCUACUAUGUGCUCUGGGAAAUUGAUGGACAAACUUAGAUAUAUAUUUUCUCUUAUCUGUGACGGUAAUGGGCUUUUGGUUCAAAGUAAAUUUGCAGACUUUCUGAGAGAAAUUUUACAAGUUCCGUGUUCAGUUCAUGAAUCUCCUACUUUUGGCUAUCGUGAUAAUCUUCCUUCUAUGAUCAUUGAUGGGCAAAGCAAAGUGACUGUGAAUGACUUUUUGGAUAUCAUCAUGUCAGAUCCUGCUCCUCCUUGUCUAGUUUGGUUACCAUUACUUCAUAGGCUUGCUAGUGUGGAAAACGUUCUACAUCCUGUACAAUGUGAUGGCUGCAAUCGAGAAGCAUUUUUGGGAUUCAGAUACAGAUGCCAAAAGUGUUAUAAUUAUCAGUUGUGCCAAGAUUGUUUUUGGAGGGGACGAGUUUCUGGGAAUCAUACUAGUCAGCAUGAAAUGAAGGAAUACACUUAUUAUAAAUCACCAAGCAAGCAAUUAGGUCAUUCUCUGAAAAAGUCAUUCCGAUGUGUACCAGAAAAACAGACCAGCUCAAUUCCUAGGUUUCCUGAAGAGCCUGAAAAGACUUUGAAUUUACAACAUAUUGUGCCUCCCUCUCCUAUUCCCAGUCACAAUGGUUUUCAUGAUGUAGCUAAUAAUUCUUUUGAUAUGUCUUCAUUAGAUGGUAGAUCAACUACAAGAAGCUUAGAAUCGAAUCGUGGCGAUGAUGAACAUAGAUUAAUCGCUAGAUAUGCUGCACGAUUAGCAGAUACCAGAAGUACAAUGAGAAGUCCAUCUGAUUUGAGUUUAAAUAUGGAUACGACUAGACAACGAGAUCUGAUUGCUCAGUUAGAGUCAAAAAAUAGAGAAAUUAUGAGAGAAAUUGUGAGGUUAAGAAAACAACAAGAGCAAGAAGAUGCUGUGAUGCAAAAUGAACAGAAUCCUACCUUAUUAAAUGAAUUACGAGCUCUUAGGCAAAGAAAAGAAGAAUUAGAAAGUCAUUUAUCCACUUUGCAAGAGAGUCGAAGAGAACUAAUGGUCCAGUUGGAGGCACUGAUGAAAAUGCUCAAAAAUCAUCAGACAUCUCCUCGAUCAACUCCAAAUAGUUCUCCUCGUUCUGCAACAUCCAAAUCUCCACCUUUAUCAACUCCUUAUCCUGUGUCUUCAUCCCGCAGCGCUCCCACGACUCCUGAUACUAAUCCUCCAACUUCUGAGAGCUCUGGAGGAGUUCCUAACAAUGCCAUGAUGGCUUACGACCAAUCAGGAAGUACUAGGAGUCUUAGGAAUGAUCUGCUGGUAGCUGCAGAUUCUGUUACAAAUGCUAUGUCUUCUUUAGUACGAGAACUAAACUCAGGCUCGGAAGAUGAAGAUGGAAAUUGUGACAGCAAAGUAUUAAGUAGUAGUCGAGAUUUUGAAACUGAAGAAGAAAGUGCUGUUGAAAGUUUAGAAGGUGGAGUUACUCUUUGGCGAGAAGAACGCCAGAGAGCACAAGAAAACCAUUUUUUGAAAGAAAUACAAGCACGUAAUAAUUCUUCACAUCUUGAUACAAAUAAAAUUCAUGAAGAUAAUCAAGAAUUGUAUGAUAAUGAUCCUAGAACUCAAACUUUAAUCACCUCAUAAAGCACCGUCCACAAGAAAGUGUCCAGUAUUGAAUUCCAUUUAUAGGAUCUGGACCUCUUUCAACAUCAUUCUUCCUUGACAACUGAUGAUGAAAGCUAUGUGCGAACAGAUGAUGAUGAUGAUGGUUGCAACACUGAUUGGGAAGAAACUAUGAGACGUUGGGUGAAUCGUUAACCUAUGUAACAUUGUUAUUAUUUCAAUUUUUCACUGUUUAAAAAUCACAUAUCAUAUGUGAAGAGGCAGCUAGCUUUUUCAUCCUUUAAGUGCCGUUUGAUGUCCAGUGAUCCACAUAAUAAAUUGAUAAUUUAUUCGAAUAUAAUAUGAUUUUGAAAUUAUGCAGGAUGUUUCAUAAUUGAUGCAGGAAUCUUUCAGGCAUAGUGGAAUAUACCUAAUAACUUUUUUCAUCUCUUUCUCAAACUUGCAUAAAUUUGUACAAUAUAAAAGCAGAAUUUACAUAAAAAUUCCAAGCAAGGGUUUUUUACGAAGACAAUGGAGAAUAUUAAGAAUUUCUUGACAAUUUUACUUAUAAAAGCUACUGAGCAUUGCUGCUAAUAAAUCUGAUAUACUCACUGCAUAAUAGGCAUGAGUAUUUUUGUUUAUUCUGGAAAACUCCAAAAUUUUACCAAAAUAUUUGUUUAUCUUCACUAAAAUAAUGUUCUGAUUCAAGAGAAAUUGCUAAAGAAGUAUGCAUUACUUAUUUUGUACUUCAGUGCAUUUAAAAAGCAUUUUACCAUACUCCAGUGCAUAAUGCUUAACUUGCAAUGCAUUCAAUGACAAAACUCAUUUCUAUCCAUUUUUUAUAAUACCCCUGAAGGUCAUUGUGUUAAUUUUAAAAUAACCUGUAAAUUGCACUUGUUUAGUUGCAAAAAAAAAAAAGGAGAAAAAAAAAGGGUUUUAUUAUCAAUUUGUAUGUAUUAAAACAUACAAUUGUUUGUUCGUUGGCAGUAUUUCUUAGUAGAGCUCGUACCUUUUUUUCCAGAAGUGAGCAAAGAAUUCAUCAAAAGAAUACAAAGGAAAUAAAUGCAGAAACCAAUAUCAAAAGCGAAAAUGUUUUAGAAUUCAACCAAAAAUUAGGAAAGUUAAAUUAGAAUUUCUCCAUAAAAAUACACUUAUAAAAUAAUUCCAAAGUUAUUGCCUGACUUAAUAUUUUAAAAUUCGAAAAUUUGGGUAAAGGCACAAAAUUUUAAAAAGGAUUGAGUAAGAAUCGACAGAUGAAGUCUUACUUCAAAUUAAUAAGAACGUAUUUUGCAAUGGGCCUUAUAAUUUUGAACAAUGUUCAAAUAUCAAGAAUGACCUUUGAACAUUGCUCUCUUCUGCAUAGAUUCACAACAGCAAGAGGAUAUAUAACAAUAGAUUUAAUGUACAUUUAUACAUAUGAAUCUGUUGUGCAACUAGCUCAUAUACAUGGUAUAUCUUUUGAUAGAAUUAGAUCUUUCAAUUCUUUGGUGCCCCCUCCUUCUAUGGCUCGGAUCAAGGGUUUAGAAUGAUUGCCUUAUUAUGACAUGAAUAUGUUAAAAGGAAAUACAAUUCCAAAACAAUGGAAUUAUUAACAAUAAAAUAUAACAAUGCAAAUGUCUGUUUCAUUGUGAUAAUGCGGCUAAUUUUAAAUUAUUUCAUUCAUUUAUUAUAAAUCAUUAAUAUAUGCGUGUGAAAAUUGUAUUGAUUGCCCAAUUAUUAUUUUGAAUGUUUUUAUGAAUAUGUAAUCUUGUAAUUUUUUUUAAUUUGUGAAAAAUUUUAUAAUUGUAUUAGUAAGUUUGUACAGAAUGACAAUUUUGAAAAGUUUAAUGCAAUGAAUUAUUGCAAUUAUUUCAAAUCUAUGAUUUUAAGUUUUAAAUUUUCAUUCAAUUGAAAUUUCUGUCUUAUUUUAUGUUUUUUCUUCCUUGAACUACAUAACAAAUUGUUAUUUAAUGCUUCUUCAAUUAAAUAUAUACAUAUGAUUUGUUAAUUUAAGAGUUCUAAUUCAGUUUCUGGUUUUUAAAAAUUGAUUAUUUGAUAGAAUAAAAUGAUUUUUUUUAGCAUUGGUUUAAAAUGUAUCCCUGUGAUAGUGACAAAGUGAAUCUUGAAAGUGUAUGUAUUAACAACGAAUUAUAAUUAAUAUAUUUUAGUAAUAUAUUAAAAAUAUAUUUUAAAUAUCUGUUUUGUAUCAUUAUGUAGCUUGAUGAUUUAUUUUAACUGCCUAUCUCAUUUUGAUAUGCUUUUGCAAAAAGUGAGCUGAUCAAUCCUUUGAAAUAAGCUUUUGUAUAUUUCUAUGUUUUAAAUUUAUAAGUUUUUUAAAAAUUUAAUCAACAUUAUGAAAUGAAAAAUUGUUCUAAUUUUCAUAUUUAAA